AUGGUUGACGACACAGAUGACUAUGAGUCUCUACCUAGUUCAAGCUCCCUUAAACAUCACAUGUUGGCUGGUGCCUGUGCUGGUAUAAUGGAACAUUCUGUUAUGUAUCCUGUUGACAGUGUUAAGUGCAUCCUACCAUUAGCAGGGCCAAGAUAUACAAAUGUUUUUUGCGGUAUUUCUCAUCUCAUACGUUCCCAAGGUGUUGUUGGCUCGCUUCGUGGUGUCGGAGCAGUCAUUGGUGGGGCAGGCCCUGCUCAUGCCCUCUAUUUUGGGUGCUAUGAACGAAUGAAAAAAGUUAUUUACGAGUUACAGUUCGGCUCAGCCCAUCUUGCACAUGCCAUCAGUGGAGCAUGUGCGACUUUAUUACAUGAUGCCAUAAUGACACCUGCCGACGCCGUAAAACAACGUCUACAGAUGUAUAAUAGUCCUUAUCACAAUUCGAUAGACUGUCUAGGCCGUGUUUUGCGCAAUGAAGGAUUUCUUGUUCUCUAUCGUGCCUACUUUACCCAGCUUUCUAUGAGUGCACCUUAUCAAGUCUCUCAUUUCGUCAUUUAUGAAAUCGGGCAAGAUUUCCUAAAUCCAUCUCGGCAAUAU